AUGGAGCUAAAAUUUGGCACUAAAUUUCCACCAUUUUUGCUAGUGAUUCUUAUGGUUUUGUGUUCAUCAGCAUCUUCAAAGCUAAUGGAUGAUAACUUUCUUAAAUGCCUUUCUCAAGAUUCUCCACCAAAUGCCACACAAUCAGAGUUUGUGUUCACCCAAGAAAACACAGCAUACUUAUCUGUACUUGAGUCAACUAUCAUAAACCUUAGAUUUUCCACUCCCACAACUCCAAAACCAAUAGCUAUUAUCACGCCUUUGACAUAUUCCCAUGUACAAUCUACAGUUCUUUGUUCCAAAAGUUUCGGAUAUCGAAUCCGGAUCCGAAGUGGGGGCCAUGACUAUGCAGGCCUUUCCUACACUUCCUAUGAUCAAACCCCUUUUGUUGUUCUUGACCUUAAAGAACUAAGAAACAUAACGAUUCAUUCGAGUGAGAAGACUGCGUGGGUUGAAUCGGGUGCCACGGUUGGUGAAUUGUAUUACUGGGUGUCUCAAGAAAGUCGAGAUCUUGGAUUCCCAGCUGGGAUUUGCCCAACUGUAGGGAUUGGUGGACAACUAAGCGGAGGGGGGUUUGGURCUAUGAUAAGGAAGUAUGGGCUCGCGGCAGAUAAUGUUGUCGAUGCUCGGAUUGUUGAUGUCAAUGGGAAGAUUCUGGAUAGAGAAUCUAUGGGAGAAGAUCUGUUUUGGGCUAUUAGAGGAGGUGGAGGAGCAAGUUUCGGUAUUGUAGUAGCUUGGAAGGUCAAUCUUGUGGAUGUUCCUGAAAAAGUUUCGGUUUUUAGUCUUUCCAAGACUUUAGAUCAAGGAGCUUCGGAUCUGUUCAAUAAGUGGCAGUAUAAAGGGCACAAAUUAAGUGAAGAUUUGUUCAUUAGAGUUAUAAUACAACCUACUUCAGAUGGGGCAGGAAACAGAACAAUUCAAGUUAUAUUCAACUCGAUGUUUCUUGGAAGCAUUGACCAGCUCAUUGAAACAGUGGCAGAUAGCUUCCCUGAACUGGGUUUACAGGAAAAAGACUGUAGUGAGAUGAGUUGGAUUGAAUCAAUACUCUAUUUUUCAAUCUAUCCAACAGGAUCAAGCAUCGAUGUCCUUAGAGAUAGGAUACCCGAGCCCAGAAGCUACUUCAAUGGUAAAUCAGAUUAUGUGAAAGAACCUAUCCCUGAAGAAACAUUGGAAGAGAUAUGGAAAUGGUGUUUGGAGGAAGACAAUCCGAUUCUUAUAAUGGAACCACACGGUGGAAGAAUGGACGAGAUAGAGGAAACGGCAACUCCAUACCCACAUAGAAAAGGGUAUUUGUAUAGCAUACAAUACUUUGAGAAGUGGGAUAACGGAAGCGUUGAAGCAUCAGAAAAGCAUAUAAGUUGGAUGCGGAGGAUCUACAAGAAUAUGACACCAUAUGUGUCCAAGAAUCCAAGGGCAGCUUAUGUGAAUUACAGGGAUUUGGAUUUAGGUACAAAUGGUGAUAUAGAUAACACAAGCUACUUAGGAGCCACGAAAUGGGGAAGCAGCUAUUUUAACGACAAUUUCAAGAGGUUGGCUAUGGUGAAGGGUGCAGUUGAUCCAGAUAAUUUCUUCUAUUUUGAGCAGAGCAUCCCACCUUUAAUUUCCAUUGACGGGAACUGUGACACUGGUUCUUACCAAAGCUUGUAAUCAUCCUGGUACCUAAUAUCAUGGAUCUUAUGGAAACCGAAUUCUAGUUGUUUUCGUUGUUGCUUUCAUUAAUAAACUCAUUCCUGAAAUGAAGGAUAUUUCUAGAUUAUUGUUUACACGUAUCUGUUUCGAG